AGGUGAGGAAAUGGAGGCACAGACACGUUAAGGGUCAGGUAGAAUUCCAACUUAGGUUUUUCCAACUCUGAGUCCUGAGCUCUAUCCAUUGUGCCAUCUAGCUGCCAGAAUUGAGGAUUAUAGAGGUAGAAUCACGGGGAUUUUACAUCUGAUUUGUUACUGACAAUGAGCUAAAGAGGAAAAUUUCAGAAGGACUUUAAGCACUGCAACCCUGGGUGACUACAAAGGGGGUGAUGGCCUCAGUGGAAAUAGGAUUUGAUGAAGACUGGUUGUUCAAAUGUGUGGUAUGGGAGGGGACAACAAUAAAGUCAUUCAAUAUUAGUUGUUGUGAGUUCAACAUUAAGAACUUCUCAUUUGGAUGCGAAGGCUUCUCAGAUGGAGUGAAAAAAUUGCUAGGUCGACUGAAACACCUGCAUGGGCAAGAUUUCCUGCUAAUGGAGGAUAAACUGCUCAACUGGUUCCAGCCCCUGCUUCUACCGUAGAAGAUGCUAGAAGAAGUAAAAAGGAAGGUGGAAGAAGUCAGAAGCUUAUAUUGUUUAUUCGUGGGAAUGCUAUAUCUGGGGCACCAAUUAUUAGAGGCACAAGUCAGUUUCCGAAGCCUCCAAUUAUAAUAGAAAUGGAUGACUUUGAGGAGUUUUGGGUCUCAAAGAGCAGAGAAGAUGUGAAUCAAUUGCUGUCUGAUGACCAGGCUUAGGAGAAAUUUGUGGCUGAGUGGGCUUUCAUGAGAAAUAAUGCUGAUUAACUGGGGUAUCCUGUCACAGUGAUAAAAGCUGAUGCUCUGAAAAUGGAGAGCCUAGAGGAUCCUGAUAAAAUCACAGAUGAUCCUGAUAAAAUCACAGGUGAUCCUGAUAAAAUCACAGGUGAUAUUAAUGAAAAUAUGGCACACAAAGAAAUGGAGCAGGAACUGGACAUGUUAUUGACAAAUGCUGAUGAUCUGAAAAAGGAUAAUGAUGAUAUAAGCUCAUAUGGUGAAGCUUUUGACAACCUGGAGGAGUUUUAUGAAUAUAUGGUAUUUCAAGAAAUGCAGGAAGAACUGGACACGUUUUCGUCUGAGUUUCCCAGAGUAAAACCAGAGCUAGAGAAUUUUAUCCACAACCUUUAUAGUAAGGCAGACAGAUUUGACAAGAUCCAUGAUGACUGUUCGGUUGUCCUUUUUUUAAUCUGUGCCAUUGGGGCGUUCUCCAGCAUCAUGAGUGUAGUUGGGAUUACACUAGAACCUAUAAAUGAAACAAGGGGCAGGGCCCUCUGUCUAAUUGGGUUGGGGAUGGGAACGGUAGUCAUUGUCAUUGGUAUUUUUACAGGUUUCAUUGAUCAUUCGGGUGACUUACAAGAGAGAGAAUUUUUUAGUGAACUUGAGAGAGAUAUAAAUGUUAAUAUCCCUGAGGAAAAUUCGAAUGAGGAGGAACCUAAACUCUUUUCUAGAUUGCAGAAAUAUAAUCAAAUAUUCAAAGAUGUUCAAAAUCGCUGCAAAGAGUUUCAGCUAGGCAAAACCAAUCCACCCAUCAUAGAAGUUUCCCGCGGCUUUAUGUCAGGUACACGUUUCUCUGGCAAAAACAGCAGGCAACUCAGUCUGGCUGUUCAGAGAACAUUGGCCAUGAGCAAAGGAGCUAAGAUAAGGGGUGCAACAUUGUCAGGAGCUUUUAGUCAGGUAGAUGCAAUCAACAUUGCAAAAGCGGCAAUGGAUUUGUCAAAUGCUACAAUAACAGAGAAAAUGAGGAAGAUCGCUCAGGCUCUGGAAAAGAAUCUUCAGGCACUCUCCAACUACUUUGAGAAACUGCAGAGAAUGGACUUUUGAUAGACAACCCCCAAGUAAUGGGGCAGGGCAGGCAAUGGUCAAUGGAUGGGGGUGACUCAGAAGGAGAAUAAAGGGGACUCUACUCUAGGUUAAA